AUGAAGACUAGAGCAUGCAAAGAGGAUGCGGCCACUGUGACACAACAUCAUGCCCCCGAGACGGCCACCGAAGGGCCCCACAUCCGACAGCUGAAGUCCGACUCUCGGGAGCCCGAGUGGUGCCGUCGUGGAGCGGUGAGGGUGGUCUGCUACUUUUCGUGGAAAUGCCUGCCUGCUUUUCUCCCUGCGCUUCCUGCGACUUCCUGGCCGCCCUAUGCGUCUUUCCACCGGUCAAGUCGGCAUGUCGCAGCUCAAUCACCUGAAUUUCUCCUAGCGGAUGCAACCUGUCAAAACCUCCUUACCUCAGCUCUGCAACACUCACGACACCACGGCGCAUAUUCCGCUCCUGGAAUGGAAGAAGCAAAGAGUGGAUGGACAUUUGGGGACUUACGGAGGCGCCUCCGAUGGGCGCGGGGCGUGCCAAGCCAGAUGUGUGGCUUGCAGAGAGCCGAUUGGCGAAUCCUCGGCCGUCUGGGCAAGAAUUCGCAGAAGCAAUUCCGAACAUCUUCCCGUCUUGGCAGAUGCUUACCAACCUUGGCAUCGAGACGAUCUGUCUCCUCUUUUGACCUCUGCCAAGUCAGACACGUGGGCAAGGUCGCAGGGAGGCAGUCCUACCGGGCACUUGCCUCAUGGCCAUGUCUUCCGCCGGAAACAAAGGCAGAGUCUCGCAUUAGUCUGCCCAUUGUUGCUCAUCGACAAUCUCCCGGCAAGCCCACGUCCACGAGGAGGGGUGCUGGUUGCGCUCUGAUGGUUGGACAGGUGUAG